AUGAGCGAGUCUGAGCAACCCGGUUUUGAUCCCAUCAUCGGGCAAGUUCAUGGCGAGGUAAGGGCCAUGACGGGAGCGAAUGACGAUGCGACCGGUAGUUCGCUAUCGCUCGAUAGACAGUGGGUGCAGUCCAAGGGCGGAGAAUACUUCUUCUCGCCGUCGAUCGAGGCGCUUAACGGUGCGCUCUCGGGUGUCACCCAACCGUAG